AUGGAAGAACGAGCUCUUUUGCUCGCCCGGGGCGUAAGCACUUCACUCGCUAGGGGAUGGGAUUCAUUCACUUGCAUUCCUGCUAGCACUACAAAAAGCUCCGGUCUUAACGCCCCUACUACUGCUGUGCAGCCUUUCCUCGGGUUCGUAGAGUCGGGUUUCCCGUUUACCCACAACGGAGGAGCCGCCCCCACCAGGCAGGCGGCCACGGGUCAUAACGCACUCUUCGCACAACAAAUCCACUUUGAAGUUGACUUAUUCGCUCGGCCAAUCGUCGGAAUGUGUACGAGAUACCAUAAGGGCCCAAUAUCUCAAUAG